CGUGUGUGUUGCUUCGGAACAAAACCCUGCUGGGCUUCUUUGGGGAGUCUUCUUUCCAAAAGAGGUGGUCAAUAUGCAAAAUUGAUGACUACACAUUCUUUGUUGCGAGGCUAUUGUACGUUGCUUGCUUAUGAAGUCUAAUCCAAUCAUAAAUUGCACCCCCGGACCAAUCAGCGAGCCCCGAGCUCUCGAUGAAUGAAACUCAAGUGGAGAACCCCAUUGUUGAAGCUGUCACUUUUGAAAGCGCUUGAGCGGCGCUGACCACUAUAAAACCCGUCACGCAGGAGGAAGGGCCAGGAGACUCCUGCCAGACUCACUAGGUGGAUCUUUAUAGAAGGUUGUAAAAGCAGGGGUGGGGGGAACGAGGGGAGGAGCACAUCAGCCUCCUCUUCCGAGUUUUCAAGACACCGAUCCCAAGGCUAGGUUUCCCCUUGGACAGCUCUCUCCUCUCUCUCUCUUUCUCUCUCUUGCCACUGCCAUGAUGUUCCCAAGUCUGAUCGCUCCUCCAGCCGUAUACCCGAGCCUCCUGCGGCCAACUCCAACUCUCACGUUGCCUCAAUCGCUGCAAUCUGCCUUUUCCAGCCACUCCAGCUUCUUGGUGGAAGAUCUCAUAAGGAUCAGCAGGCCUGCCAGUUACCUGCCCCGAAGCAACGCCCCUCCUCCGCCUAGCAUGUCUCCUCCCAGCUCCGGUGCGAACGCCUCCAGGACUGACACGGCGACUGACCAGCUCGCUUCUAACCCCUCUGGCGCUAGAAGAGGCUGCUCCCCGCAGACCUCCGUCGCUUCCACUAACGAUUCAACAUUCCUGAAGUUUGGGGUCAAUGCCAUCCUUUCGUCUACGCCCAGGACAGAAACGUCCCAUGCGCUGAUCCAGAACGCACCUCCCAAGACCUUCUCCUUCCCCUACUUCGAUGGAUCCUUCCAACCUUUUAUCAGAUCGUCUUAUUUUCCAGCCUCUUCUGUGGUGCCCAUCCCUGGCACAUUCUCCUGGCCCCUGGCUGCCCGAGGGAAACCACGCCGAGGAAUGCUCCGCAGGGCAGUCUUUUCAGAUGUGCAACGCAAAGCUCUGGAGAAAAUGUUUCAGAAACAAAAAUACAUCAGCAAACCAGACAGAAAGAAGUUGGCAGCCAAGUUGGGCCUGAAAGACUCCCAGGUGAAGAUCUGGUUCCAGAACAGAAGAAUGAAGUGGAGGAACUCCAAAGAGAGAGAACUCCUGUCCUCUGGUGGCUGCCGGGAGCAAACCUUACCCACCAAGUUCAACCCUCACCCAGACCUCAGUGAUGUAGGCAAGAAAGGUUCUGGGGAGGAGGAAGAGGAAGCAGCAUCACCCGUGUGCCCAGGCAGCCCCAGGCAUGCCCUAACCUACCACCAGUCUACAGAGCACCCACACCUGAGGGAGAGGCUGGACUCCCAGAUGCUCCCUUCUCCAACCCAUUCCAGCAGCCCCAGCAAACCAUCAGACUUUUCAGACACAGAGGAAGAGGAUGAGGAGGGGGACGAUGAAGAAGAAGAAAUCACAGUCUCAUAGAGACCUGUCUUCUUCUUCUUCUUGCCAUCACAAAGAGAGACUUUGCAAAGAUGUAAAUAAACUAUCUAAUUGAAGAGGUGGCGUCCUUCCACAAGUCCACCUGGCUCACAUAUGCAAUGUACUGAUCGUCUCUGAUCCUCCAGUCUUCUUUAUGCUGUAUGCCACAUCUUUGCUCUGAUUAGACAACCUUGCCAGCUUUGCACUUUUCCAUUGGGAGUUAUAGCCUAAAGAGUCAUUAACACACACACACACACACACACACACACACACACACACACACACACACACACACUUUUGUUAUGAAGACCUCCUUGAUUUAGAAAUAGAGUAACUAGUCUGAGACAACUGUUAAUUCAUUUACCAGAGAGUUGGAGUCAACUUGAGGACAUAUUAAUUUCUCCAAAGGACUUGGAAAAUAGAGGAUCUGUUCCUAGAAGUCCUAGUGUGAUGAGCUGUUGCCAUGAGCUGCAACAUCCGUGUGACUAUUAAUGACUUGCCACACACACCAAGCCCCGAAAUAUAGCUUACACUGAUAUUUCAGUGUAAGCUAAUGUGGAAAUCACAUAUUGCUGGAAUCACAAGUGUGGGCCUGAACAGUGUCCCAAAUAAUUCCUGGCUACUCACAAAAACAAUAGUCUCUUCUUUCUAAGUGUUAAUAUCUUUGCAUUCCUUUCUACAUUGCUCUCACAUGCCUCAAGAACUUUAAACCAUCCCUACAUGUGUUGCUAGCUCUUUGCUAUCUCCCACUGUGUGUCUGCACUGCUAAAGAUGUAAUGUGGACACAGUCAGGGACCCUGGGCCCCGCCUUUUUGA